UUUAACUCCUUGCUGACUGUGCUCUUAACCCUCUCCUGUAUUCUUCUCCCUGUUUUAUUCCCUCCCUCCUCUCUCCCUACCCCAGGUGUCGUGCCGCAGAGCGCUCCUCCCGUCCCCACGGCUUCAUCCCGUUUCCAUUUCCCACCAUUGGACAGUCACUCUCCAACUGAAGAUGCUCAACCCAGUCGAUUUUCUGGUGCUUCUUUAGUUCCAUCUAACCCAGAAACAUUGGGUGAUGGUGGUGAGAGGAAACCAGAUAUACCAGAGCUGGAAGAUGGUUCCUCAGAUUGGCGCCGUGGCGUUGAUCUCAUGGCUUCACGGAACGCCAACGUGGGUGCCGGUAACGUCAACCAUCAGAAACGCAAACCUGAUAUCAUGCUCCCUCUUUUCACCAGACCCGGGAUUUACCCGGAUCCUCACAGUCCUUUUGCUGUUUCUCCUUUACCAGGACGUGGUGGGGUCCUCAACGUUCCCAUUUCUCCUGCGUUAUCCUUGACUCCCACUCUUUUUUCCUAUAGUCCUUCUCCUGGUCUCAGUCCUUUCACAGGUAGCAGCUGCUUCUCUUUUAACCCCGAGGAAAUGAAACACUACCUGCAUUCACAAGCUUGUUCUGUUUUCAACUAUCACCUGAGUCCGAGGACUUUCCCCCGUUAUCCUCUCAUGGUGCCACCACUACAGUGCCAAAUGCCCCUGGAGGAACAACCUCAGUUCCCCAUCAAGCUACAACCACCACCCGUGGGGAGGAAAAAUAGAGAGAGACUGGAAAGCACUGAAGAACCGGCGACCCCUCAACUGGCUACUCCUCCUCCUCCUCUUCCUCCCAGGGUUAAGGUUGAACCCACUAUGGAAAAAGAGGCAGAACUUGAAGAACCAUCAACAAAAGGCAAAGACAAAAAUGAAAGAGAGGAAAGUUCUGGCGUGGCAACCAGCCUGGAAGAAGAGAAAGGGCCUGUGUUUGCCAGACCAGCUGCACCAUCGUGGCACCCAAACCUACCGGCACCCAGCCAAGCCGGUUUCUCAACUGAAGAAUCACAAGAACAAGGAGAAAACAACGGAGAAAAAUCAUCUCGAGAUUCUAUGGGAGAAUCAGGAGCUCAAGAAAAAAGAGAAGAUGCUUUGAUGCCUCCAAAACUACGUCUUAAACGUCGUUGGAACGGUGACCGA